AUGAACAUAAUGACUAGGUUCAUGAAUAUAGCUAUGCAGAAUAUUCUAACCAGCAUGGCUAUUAUGUUCUCGGAUUAUAUUAAGAAAUUCAGGGGCUAUAAGAUAGCUUCCGGGAACUCAACUAUAAUGCAGAAGAGUUGGACGUUUUCCCUGAGGUGGGGGUGCUCCUUCAUCUGUUUGAUGAUAACUCCUCAGAAUCUAGCAUCCAGCAAUUUGUUUUUAUUUGAGCGGAUUGAUAUUCCACUGUUGAAGUUCAUUGUUGUCUCAUUACCAGCGAUGAGACUCAUUACGCAGUAUCCCUAUAAAAUGUAUUCGUAUAUUAAAUAUUUUAUUCAUUAUUGUAAAAUCCGAUCUGAGGACGAAGUCGAAUAUAGAUUUUCCUAUGAGAUCAUAAUCACAGCUGACAACUUAGACAAUGACAUAAUAGACAUGACUGAAUAUAUUCAUCUGCUGACUAUUUAUUUUAACAGGGGCAUGUUGUCUUCCUAUGGUCCAUUCCCAUCACUAUGCAGCAAACCUCAUGUGAACAAUGAAGGAGUGAACACACUGGAUAAUAUAAAGCCUACCAUCACUUAA